AUGGCGACUGUAAGAUGGUAUUCGAUAGGCAUACAGAAUGGCAGCACUAGUGUUUCUAAAUCGGAUGAUUUCUGUAAAGCUCAAAGUUUUAUAACAACUUCUAUGAGCAUUGCUUCAUUUCUGUGGACCUCAUUCAUUGCCAUUUAUCUUUUCAUCUGUGUUUGGUUUUCUCGAGUUGUAGAUUUAUCUGGAGUUACGUUUAUAUUUGUGCAUGUGGUAGCAUGGGGUAUACCAGGACAUUUCCAGGUUAUGAAAAAUAUGAUCAUAAAGAAAUCAAGACCAUCAUACAAUGUAAAUAAACAGGUUCAUUCUGGAUGUCUUAAAAAAAGAAGUGGUCAAUUUCUAUGGAAUCAAAUCAGUGCGGGACUUCGCAGAGAGGACGAAUUAUUCUGUUUUACCUGGUUGAUUCUGUAUUGUCUUAGAAUGUGGGGUACUUUGAGAUUCUUUCUAGACAUUGCAAAGUUUAAUCAUGGCACAACAGAAUUUGUAUUACUGAUCUUACAGUCAUAUGGUGAUAGUGCGCACGCUUUUUGGAACUUUAUUUAUUUUGUGUUUGUGAUAAAACUGUUCGUUCUUAUGUAUGGAGCCGUUAUUAUUUAA